ACGAAUGGCAAUCAUUGAAAGGCGGGACUAAUGGCGGCAGUUAACUGGCCGGGAAGCUAGUUUUCAAGAUCAGAAACCUGUCCCAGAAACUGCAAAAAAGCCCGAAUUGUAGACACGACAUGUAGCUAACUAACGGUUGUAUGAAAUUCGCCAGUUAAGGUUUAUUCGUUACCACGAAGUUAGCCCAAGAAUCGCAACAAUACGCAAACCUUUGGCUAAAGAAGGCUAGCUCCACGUUGGAGCACGUUGAAGCUUCUGAAAAAACAAAAAACAACAACAACGUGUUGUCCGUUCGGUUAGGACCAAAGUUCCUGGAUGAAGAGGCGCAACUGGAAAGCGGGCCAACGAGCCCAAAGAGGACAGCAAGGUUACACUAGGCACCCGGGACGUAGACGGUACCGAGGAAGACCGUGGAGACCAUCGUGGAACGACGGGAAUGGGUAUGGUGAUGCAGGACCUUCGUCCAGAAUAUCUGACGACCAAGUCAGCUCUCGUUCCUCUUCGGCCAGCAGUGCGGCGCCAGAACUGCCAGGUUUCUACUAUGACCCGGAGAAGAACCGAUACUUCCGCUUGUUGCCGGGGCACAACAACUGCAAUCCCCUGACCCGAGAGCAGCUGAGGGAUAAGGAACGGGAGAAAGAGAGAGCCAGGAUGCUCGUGGAGGAUGCCAAGCCCACAAAAAAAGCACCAAGGGCAGGACUCAACAGUUCCUUGCUCCUACGGAAUCGACAUCUUGGGCUGCUAUCGGAGAUGUCCUUCUGCAGGCGAGUCCACGAGGGGAGGAUCAGCGCCAUGAGGCGCCACAAGCUGGACCACCAGAGCACGGACGACUUCAGGACCAUUGUGGCCGACUCCAAGUGCGAGCAAGUGUUUGCUGUCAACGACGUGUCUCAGGGGGGCUGCAAGUACGGCUGCAUAAGCUUCAGCAGAAGCAGCCGUGGUGGGUCACUUUCUGUGGAAACGUGUGACAACCAUUACGUCACCAACUGCAAGGUGAAUUCCCUGUGCUGGGCCUCAGUCAGCUAUCCAGACUCUCACGUGUUACUCUGCCUGGUGGGGGUUGCGGACAAGCCCGGCUACGUCACUUUGCUUCCUGCUUCGCUCUUCAGAAACUCUGACUCAAAUGAGCCAGCGGUGCGUUGCAGUUUUAAGAUCUCCACGGCCUGGUGCUGUGCUUGGUGUCGGCAUCCGCAGUUUGACAAGCUGUUUAGUGCGGGUUUGUCUCACAAAGUGAUCCUGCAGCAAGCCGUCACGGGCAAAAAACAAACGGUCGAUGUCGGCAGCGACGUCCUGGCUCAGCAGUUUUGUGUUGGAGUCCCUUUGCUGUUCAGUGGCUGCCGGUCGGGGGAGAUUUUCAGCCUCGACGCACGGGAGCUGAGUGGCCGCAAGGCGACGCUCUUCCGGCAAGAAUCGGCUAUCACGUCGCUGCGCGUCCUGCGUGAUGAGAACUACCUGGCGGCUGCGGACAUGUCAGGCCAGAUCAAGCUGUGGGACAUACGGGCCAGGAAACCAGUGCAGGAGUACCGGGGCCACUACAACGAGCAUGCCAACCUCCCCAUCCACGUCAGCGAGCCUGAGGGGCUUCUUUUGGCUGUUGGUCAGGAUUGCUACACGAGGUGUUGGAGCUUGCGGGAUGGCCGCCUCCUAAGGACCAUCCCCUCACCUCACCCGGCCGCCAACGACGCCAUCCCCAGCGUGGUCUUCUCUUCCACCUUCGGUGGCCGCACGGGGGCCCCCGGCCUGCUGAUGGCCGUCAAGAAAGACCUCUACUACUUCCCCUACAACACGGACGAGAGCGAGCCGCAGAGAGUGUGACUGAAUGGGACACUUAUUUAGGUACACCAGCACAAUGAAAUCUGCCUUUACAAGGAAUACAAUGACUGAUAAAUUGUAAACAUGUUUAUUUAUUGUGUUUGCAGUGGUGUUGAACAGCACUGCAUUAUACUGAGAGCUAUCGCUGAUAUUUUCAAUAGGUGCUUGAUGAUCAAUUUUUGUAUUCUACAAAAGGAAGAAUAACUGGAACAUUUACAAAACUAUCCUAGAAUGGGCAAAUUCAAAACAACAAAAUGUGGGGGCGGGGGGGUCACAAGUUAACAGUUUGGUCCAUGAGCGCAGUGCCCUUGUUUUAGUGUUUUGUUUUUAACUUUAUUGUUGUAUAUUCAUUUUUCUGUUUUUAUCCCCUAUAACCAAAAUUGAGUUGAGUUAAAGCCACUUCAUCUGACAUCAUUAAACUGCACUGGAAGGGGAAAAAAACCAACCUUGUCCUGAAAAUAAAGCUCCAGCCAUCCACA